AUGUCUCUGUUUGCAUCCCUGCCCAAGUACUCGCAGCUCGCCUCUCUGGAUGAGACCAUUGGCGGCGAACAGCGCCCUACCACCCGACGCUCACGCAUCGGCAAGGCCGUCACGUGCAUAGCCCUCGGCCUGCUUGCCUUCGCCGCCACACUAGUCCUCCUCCUCGCCCUCUGCAUCCUCCUGGUCGCCAUCCUCCCACGAAUCCUGACACCCUCGUCCCUGGAGGCCCUCCGCGCCGCUAGCCCAGCAGGAAGCGGCACCAGCAGCGGCGCCGGCACCGGCAGCGGGUACAGAUCGGGCACCGGCACGCCCUGCGGCAACUCGCCGGCAGAAGCCGAAGCGGCGGGCUGCAUCUUCGACCUGAUGACGGUGUCGUGGCUGGCGCCCGAGUGCUACGACGCGGAGCUGACGGCGCAGUUCCUCGAGGACGGCCCGUGGCUCUUCUACCUGUCCAACUCGACCCUGCCCGAGGCCCCGCCCGCCGAGCGCGAGCUGAUCCCCUCGCUCGAGGCCAUCGGCCGCACCACCGACCUCAUGUGGACCGACCGCCGCUUCCACAUCUACCACUGCAUCUACGGCUGGAAGAUGAUGCAUCGCGCCAUCGAGCGCGGCUGGAAGAUGGAGAGCUCACUCACCUCUUACCAUCAUACUGAGCACUGCGCCGAUACCUUGGCCAAUACGACCGUGCCUAUGGAUGCUGUCAUCACGAGGGUCGAUCUGUCCUACCCGGCGUGCUGA